UCGCUGAAAAAUUUAAUUUGAAGGUCAACAUUUUAUAAAUAACCUACUUUUCGUUGACGUCAUUUAAAGGACGUUACUUCGUACAAGACUAAUGUGCAAGAAAUUAUUUGACCAUGGAGUCAGUGAUACGUGGAGCAUCAAGGACAAAUUAUUCCUUUUCUACAAACGUGAUUUCUCUUCGCUUCCUUACUUAUAUUUCAAAAUAUUUUAGAUGAUUUAAGUCAAUACAGGCACGAAUUAUUUUUAUAAUUAAGGUCAUAGAUUCAAGGAUUAAUAAUAUGAUAUUUCAUUUCGCGAACAGUUUAGUAUUUGUUGAAGCGAAGUAUAAUAAAUGAUAAUUAUCAGUUUUGAGUACUUUUAUUUACGUGUUUCAUUCAAUAAAUGAUGAUAUGUCGAAACGCAAGUAUCUGAAAAUUCAAAUUUUUGAAAAUGAAAUCUAUCGCAUCGAGUAUCGAAUCGAGUAAUCGAUGUAUCGAGAAGCUUGCUGAAAGUCGAAAUCGUGAAAGUACGUAAUGGCGAUCAGUAGACGCUAGCAACAGCUGUUUUGUUGCACCAGCGUGGAUAUAAACGUGAAGUUUGUGCAUUUCGUUGUUGAUUUCAUGAAACAAGUACUUUAUUGAAUCUAUAACAGCAAUUACAAAUGAAAGAAAACUUGUUUUUUAUGUUGGAAGAGAAAAUAACCAUAAAUUCUCACAAAGAUAUAGGUUAUACGUUCUUUAUGUUUCUUUAAAGAUAUCUUUAAUCGCUAAUGAUGUCUAUUUUAUGAAAAUUUACUAAUGUAAUAGAAGAUUCGUUAAUCUUCGGAAACAAGAAUUCAGGAAGAUGUCAAAUUGGAAUGAAAGCAGAGGUCCCGUUCCACCGCGAUGGCUCCACUGUCCACGAAAAGCGAUCAAAUUAAUUCAAAAUAAAUUUCUUGCGUUUAAAACCCCACUGUCGUCUGCAUUUGAUAGCCAAGUGCCAGAAGAAUGUCGUUUUACAGUGGAUAUGCUAUUUGCGUCGUUAAAAAGUCAAAGGCUAAAAUUAGGUCUAUGGAUUGAUCUUACAAAUACUACAAGAUUUUAUGACAAAAAGAGUUUGGAGGCAUACGGGUGUAAAUAUUUGAAACUACAAUGCAGAGGACACGGUGAAACUCCUUCAGAAGAACAAACAAAGACUUUUGUCCAAGUUUGCAAAAAUUUCAUAUCGUAUAACCCACUGGAAAUUAUCGGUAUUCAUUGUACGCAUGGUUUCAAUAGAACUGGUUUCCUCAUAAUUAGUUACUUGGUAGAAAAUGAUGGUACUAGUGUAGAUGCCGGCUUAGUAGAGUUUGCUACUGCAAGACCACCAGGAAUAUAUAAAGCAGAUUAUAUUCAAGAAUUAUAUAAACGAUACGAUGAUGUGGAAGAUGCUCCUGAUCCUCCAGCUAAACCAGCCUGGUGUUUAGAAUAUGAUGAUUCUAAUGUACAAGAUUCUGAUGAAGGUCCUAGUACAAAAGAUAAUAGUUGCAAUAAAGAUGUACCUAAUAAAAGAAGAAAGCGUGAAUAUAAUAAUAAAAAUCCAGUAUUCAUGGCUGGUGUUCCUGGUGUAACUCCCGUUUUAGAGGAAAGAAAAUUACGUGGAAUACAAAAACGUGUUCAAGAUAUGUGUAAAUGGGAAUCAACCGGAUUUCCAGGUUCCCAACCAGUUUCAAUGGAUGAGAAUAACAUUAGAUUAUUGCAUGAAAAACCGUACAUGGUAUCAUGGAAGGCAGAUGGAACAAGGUAUAUGAUGUUGAUACAAGGGGAUGGAGAAGUUUAUUUUAUAGAUAGAGAUAAUAGCGUAUUUCAAGUUAGUAAAAUGACAUUUCCACACCCAAAGAGUCAUAGAACUCUUAGGGAUACACUAUUAGAUGGUGAAAUGGUAAUUGACAAGGCAGAUGGUAAAGAGUAUCCAAGAUAUUUAGCUUAUGAUGUGAUCCUGUAUGAUGGGGAAGAUGUGAGUUCAUUACCAUUCCACCCUGAUCGUUUUUAUACUAUCCAACAAAAUAUUAUGGGUGGUAGGCAUAAAGCUCUGAAAGAAGGGAGAAUACGAAAGGAAACGGAACCGUUUUCAAUAAGAUCAAAGCACUUCUGGGACGUGACACAGGCUGAUACUUUGUUAAGCGACAAAUUUGCUAAACAGCUUGGCCACGAACCCGAUGGUUUAAUUUUUCAACCUGCUAAAGAACCAUAUUGUACAGGGCCUUCUCCAGAGGUUCUAAAAUGGAAACCUUUAUCGCUUAAUUCCGUUGAUUUUAAAUUAAAAAUAGUUACAGAAUCUGGUGAGGGUAUCCUUCCAAAAAAAGUCGGACUUCUUUAUGUAGGUGGAUUAAAUGUGCCAUACAGUAAAAUGAAAGUCACAAAACAGAUAAAGGAUUUAAAUAAUGCAAUUAUAGAAUGUAAAAUUGACAAUGGUCAGUGGACUUUUAUGCGCGAAAGAACAGAUAAAUCGUUUCCUAAUUCUGCAAACACAGCUGAUGCUGUAUGCAGGAGUAUCAGAAAACCAAUAACGACUGAACGGCUCUUAGAUUAUAUUAAAAGGCAUAGAUUCGUACAAGAUGAUUCUGAUCUUAUGCCACCACCAAGUAAAAAAUUACAUAGGAGUAACUAAGGGUAUAUUUAUCGUGACAUGUUAAAUGAUUUUAAAGUAUGAACUACUUGUACCUAGGUUACUGUACCUUAUCAAAGUAGUUUCACUGAUGUAAAAUCAUAAGAGAAUUUAAACUGUUCAUUCAAUAAAGAAGUUUUAUAAUAA